UCUCCGGUGCUCCAGUGGUACGUCGGUCGCCUCCUAGCACGGUGGCGACGGGUAGUGUGUGUGUCCGACGGACGGAGGUGGUGUGUGUGCUCUCCUGAAGUGAGGCGGCAGUGGGGUAGGGACGGUGAGGACACGAAGCGGUCAGCGGCACUGUUGUCGUUCGCGCUGUUGGUGAACGACGACGUGUAGGAGGAGGAGGCGGCGGUGGUGCUGUCGGAGGUGGUGGUGGGUUGUGACAGUGUGGUCGCGCCCGCGGUGAGGCUAUUUCGGAAAUAGCGCAGCGCUCGCCGCCGAGGCAGCGAGAGAGAGAGAGCGAGAGAGAGAGAGAGAGGGAGAGAGAAAGAGAGGGAGAUAGAGAGGGAGAGAGAGUGGGAGUCCUCUGAGUCAGGGCGCGCGUCGUCAGUCUGUCGACGGUUCGCGCGGCUGUAAGGCGGUCUCGUCCGCCGCGACGCGAUACGGGGGUACUAUCGCUCGCCUUCGUCCGGGCGAACGUGACGCGAUAAACUAUUCCCAGCGACCGGCCGGCCCGUCCGCGGCGCGCGAUACGGCCGGCUGUGUGCGGUGAUCGGCGAAGGGGGCGAGCGAUCGACGCCGCCGCCGUGUCUUCACGAAUGCCUGACAGGACUGCGCGCGAGGCGGCUCCACCGCGAUGUCGCAUCGGCCUCCGCGCUGCUGCCUGCUCCGCCUCUGCUGCUGCGGCUGGCGCCGGUGGAGGCUGCCGGUCAGUGAGCGCCGCGAGGCCGGCGUCGCAGAAGAAGGACGCAGAGGACGAAGAGGAGGGACGGGGCUGCCGGCGGCCACGGGCGUCGCCGACGCCGCCUGCGCGCUGCUGCUCUUCCUUCUCGUCGCCGUCGUCCAGUCCGCUACUUCGGACGAUGUGCAGGACUUCCAGAAGAUCCUGCCGGCGGAGGUGGUGUGGGCGGUGAGUGGAGAAGACGCAGAGCUGCCCUGCAACAUCACUCCUCCGUAUCCAGAUGACCGCGUCAACAUGGUACUCUGGUUCAAGGAUUCGUCCGUCCCUCUUUAUAGCCUCGACGCCCGUGGGUCCAGCCUGGAGGAGGCGGUGCACUCGGCCACCACGGACGACCUGGGGGCGCGGGCCAACUUCCAGGCGCUGUCCAGGCUGCCCGGGCGGCGGGCGGUGCUGCGCGUGCAGAACGUCAGCGUGGCGGACGAGGGCGUCUUCCGCUGCCGCAUCGACUUCCGGAACUCGCCCACCGUCAACUUCCGGAUCAACCUCACCAUCGUCGUGCCACCUUCGCCGCCUGCCAUCUUCGACUCCAACGACCGAGAAGUGAGUGCCAUUGCAGGGCCAUUUCUCGAGGGUUACGAUCUCUUCCUUGCCUGCAAGGUCCGUGGAGGCCGGCCCCGGCCAGAGGUGACGUGGUGGCAGGGCGGGCUUCUGCGCGACGCCUCCAUCGACCUGGUGACGGACGCGGUGACCGUCAACCGGUGGUUCGUGUCGAGCGUGCCGCGCUCGCUGUGGAACAGCCACGUCGAGUGCCGCGCCGCCUCCUCCAGCCUCAUGCGGCCGCUCGUCAAGAGGGUCCACCUGGACGUCUACCUGAAGCCGCAAGGAGUCCGCCUGACGUCCCAAGAGAUGCUGCUGUCCGCCGGCAAGCCGUACACCAUGCAGUGCGAGACCUGGGGGUCGGUGCCGCCAGCCAGGGUCACGUGGAUGCUGGACGGCGAGCAGCUGCGCAGCCCCCAGAUGCAGGUGGAACACCUGGGGAAUGUGACUGUGAGCCGGCUGGUGCUGCGGCCCCGGGUUCACGACCAGCAGAAGGAGCUGGCCUGCCGCGUGGAGAACCCAUACUUCCCGGGUGGGAUACUGGAGGACCGCCGACGCCUCUUCAUUGCCUACGCGCCAGCUGUCUCGGUGAGGCUGGACUCCGACACGGGGCAGACGAUUUUCAAAGAGGGGGACAACGUGAGGCUGACGUGCGAGGUGAACUCAAACCCGCAGCCGGACACCGUCAGCUGGUUCCACGAGGACCGCCUGCUGCGCAACGACAGUUCGUUCAGCGUGGUGACGUCGCUGAGGACGCUGCUGCUGCUGGGGGUGACGCGCGCCUCCAACGGCGACUACUCGUGCGCCGCCGCCAACUCCGAGGGAGAGACGCGAAGCGCUCCGCUCAGGCUCAGGGUCCAGUACGCGCCGCGGUGCCGGCCGGGCCACGAGGAGGCGCGCGUCGGCGCCGUGCGCCACGAGGCGGUGUCGGCGCUGUGCGAGGUGGACGCCGACCCCGGCGGCGAGGCGGUGCGCUUCAGCUGGACGCUGCAGCGCGGCCGCGACGUGCUGCCUCUGCCCGCCUCCCGCGCCGCGGCGCGCGGCGCCGCCUCCGAGCUGCGCUACACUCCCGCCGCCGAGACCGACUUCGGCACGCUCGCCUGCUGGGCCUCCAACAGCGUCGGCCGCCAGGACCGGCCCUGCCUCUUCCACAUCGUCCACGGUCGUAAGUACACGCAUCCAACUUGUGUUUCCUCACUUUUACGUCUACAUCUGAACUACCUAAGCCACCGAGAACUGUAUGGCCGAGGUUCCACGCACCCGCCCGAGGGCUCGUGGCUGGACACGGGCGUAGCAUACAUCGACCUCGUCUCCUGGUGUGCUUAG